GUACGCUGACUUUCGACCUGCAAACAGGUCAAAGUGGCGACAUUCUUAGCCGGACUUACAUCUUUCGUUGUUGAAUCCUGCCAUCCAUACAGCAUUCGCCUGACUAACCCUCUCCUAGACGGAAGUGUUGUCGAAGACGAGGUGCCUUCUGACACGAUCCUACUUAGGUUUUUAUCCCCCUUGGAGAGGGGUUGGAGCCCAAGUCUCGGGAAGACUUUCAAUUCGUGCUGGACACAAAUUGGGACGUCAAAGCUGGCAGUCUAACAUUUAUCCUGCAGGCAGGAACAAGCAACAAUGCAGCAUUUACGUGCGGGUCCAUUGCUGCUUAGCGCUCCGAUAUUUGCACUCGUUUUGUGGAUCUCUCUCGCUUCCGCCCAUGUCUUUGCCCUCCCGCCUGACGUGCUAGCAUUUCGCCGCGACUGGCAUGAUGCUCUGCAGCCGUCAGCACGUGGUGCAGAUGAUCCCAUCGACUUGUCGGCCGAUUCGACGGGAAAUGUUCGACGCCUUUUGCAGCUAGGCCUGCCAUCCGCGCCGAGCGUGCAAAGCAUGCCCUCCAACAAUCCAAACUACAAUGUACCACAGGUACGUCGUGAUCUGCUCAACGUCAUGGCAUGGGCGGGCGAUACGGGUGCUUUGCAAGGAGAUGAGCUUGACGAAACCGUGGCCGCCAUCAUGUCUGCCGCUGCACGCUACUUUCCCGAGGUGCCGACUAGAGCCAUGUGCCGCACGCUCAUCGCAGACAUCAAGACAGAGAGUGAUUUCAACACUUCACUCAUCUCCGGUGGCCGCCUCGACUCAGGAAGCUCUUGGGGCCUGCUUCAAGUCAGCCCUGGCGGAGGCUCGCAGGAACUCAAGUUGUUCAAGCAGCACGCACAAGUCGCGCGCAAUACAUUCUCAUGGGCACCCACUGCGAGCUCGUUGGGUCCGCUCAUCGAUUGGCAAAGUGGGGAGCAAGUGGAUCUCGAUUCAUUGACCAAUGAUGACCUUUUUCGGCCAUGGAUCAACAUCCAUGUUGCCGCCUGGAUCCAGUCCAACAGUGCUCGCACUUCUAGCCAGGAUCCUGCAGAUUGGCCCAAUAUUGCCUUUGCUGCAGCGAACGUGCGCAAGCAGGCACAAGUCGGUGCGAACCCCGGCACAGAUCAGACUGCUAGUCAGCUGGCUUCUGCUCGUCAGCAAUUGAAGAGCCAAUUGCAAGGAGCUGGUCUCCCAAGAUCCGUCCGAACAGGACUCGGAACCUGGGUUGCUGGAGCCGCAACCGACGGAUAUGGGUCGUACAUGCAAGCAGGCGAUGACAUCAGCCGGCAGUACAUUUCUACGAUCGCUAAGGCAGUCAGCCAUCUUUACGGCUACACAGUUUCAACUGCUUGGUUCAACGGCCUUCAAGUGAACGCAGGCCUGGUGGAUUACCAGUAGCGGUUGCAUCGCCCCCCUGGGUGCAGUCGGAGAGUGAGGCUCCGUAUUGCAGCUUGACGCGUUCGUUUCAACCUGAAUGUAGCAAUCAAGGUGCUAUUUUGGGGUCCUUUGUACAAAAAUAGUGGACGAGUCUGAGCCUACGCAGGACAAUCGCGGGAGCAGUGAUAGAUCACAUAUCACACCACAGUACUCACAUGCAGUACUGCAAGCACAAACUC